AUGAAUUUAUCAAUGAUAAAGUUAGAACCAAUCGAACAGAAUACCAACUAUGCUACAGGCAGUCCUACGAUGAUUUCAACGGCCAUAUCAUCUCCUCGUUCGAAUAAGAGACUACGGAAAGCCUCAUAUCCAAUGAAAGCUAUCAAUCCAACACAACUUUUACUUCCAAAUCAAAUAACUCAUUCGCCCAUGGAAGAACCGUUGACUUCCAUCGAUGGUGAUUUAUCUCGACUUGAUCAUCAAGAGGAAGAAAUGCAAAAUCUACCUCGUCUCUCAUCUUCAAAACGGCCUCGACUGACUUACAAUAAACGUUUGGUAGCUAAUGCGCGUGAACGUGAACGUGUUCAUAAUCUAACAGCAGCAUUCGAAGCUUUACGAAGAGUUCUACCAAUGUACGGUGAUCAAGAGAAAUUAAGUCGACUGUCGAUAUUACGCAUUGCUUGUUCGUAUGUUCUCGUGCUUGGUGCAUUGAACGAAAUGGAUUUUAGUCAAGGCGAAAAUGCAUACACAUUGAAUGAAACUUUUCAUAUGCUUUCCUACACAAUUCUCAAUGAACUCAAACGAAAAAAAUCAUAA